CUCAUGUAAUACCUUUGCGUUAUAUUAUUCUACCACCAUAAUGCCAUUGUUCAGAUUGACUUCAAUUGUGAGUGGGCUGAGAUUGUUUGUUGGUGAUGGCGCCUCCCUCCCUCAAAUCAUCAGAUUGCUCAUUGAUCGGACGCAAGAUAAACAAGUGCUCAUUGGCAACAAGCGUAUCACUGACUGAUCCAUUGAGUGACUCUUUGACUCUUUCACCAGGAAGGGAGGUCAUCGUUCGACAUUUGAAUCGUCGAAACUCGUCGAAAAACGAAGCACCACUCAAUGGAAAGUUGUUCAAAGGACACAAAGUGCACAUCACAUUACUUAACAUUUCUGUUCAGUAUGGGUUUGAUUUGGAGCAAAACACCCGUCAAGUGCAUCGAUUGUUCAGCCGAUUUCAACAACUCGACCACGACAACACCCAAUACCUGACCAAAGAAGACCUCCAUCACAUCAAAGAGAUCAUAUUAAAUCCAGUGGGCGAUCGCAUUGUGGACUUCUUUUUCGUCGGAAACAUCGAGCACUUGACCUUUCCCAUGUUUGCUAGAAUAUUUGCCAUAUUCAGACCUCUCAAGAAGCACACACCCAACUCAGACAUUAACUCCAGAGAGUCUAAGCUGAAGUUACUAUUCAGUUUGGUCGAUUCCAACGAGGAUGGAAGCAUUUGCAAAGAGGAUCUUUUUGAGCUCCUGGAAAUGAUGAUGGGAGCCAAACUCGGUGAGGAACAAUUGCACUUGAUUGUGGAUCGAGUUUUGAGUGAGGCUGAUGAGGAUCAGGACGGGCUAAUUAGUUUGGACGAAUUCCGAAAGGUAACCGAGGAUUUGGACGUUCAAACCGAACUCUCUUUUAUUUCGUUCUCAUGAUCGUCAAGGUCAUUUAAUAGUCCAACUGAAUACUACGAAUUAUACCAAUAGCAAACAAUGCUCGUAAAUGUUGGAAACCGAAUACUACGAAUCAUACCAAUAGCAAACAAUGCUCGUAAAUGUUGGAAACUGAAACUGAAAUACAGUUAAUGAAAGCGAAAAGGUGAAUAAAAGGAUCAUGACUACUGA